GGGCUGUGGGUUCAGCCUCACUUCGUUCUGACAGCUCUUUUAUCGCGCGUGUGCGAUCUAUGUGGUCGCGAUGAAUGUCUUCAUCUUCAUCUACCCGCUGGCUAUCGCUUGCCUACUGGCCACGGGAGGGAGUUGCAGGCCACCUGUGGGAGCGCUGGUGGAGUCCGCGGGAGCUGGUGACCAGCAGCCGGAACAGGUGCACAUUCCUGCCCGGCGGGAGAAGCGAUGCUCCUGCAGCAAUAUGCAGGACACAGAGUGCGUCUAUUUCUGUCACGUUGGCAUUGUCUGGGUCAACACGCCAGGCCAAGUUGUUCCGUACGGUCUGGGGCACCCAGUGAUGCGCCGAAAGCGGGAACUGAGGCGCUGUUUAUGCGCUAAGAGCAGUGACACUGAGUGCCAGAGCUACUGUCGGUUGGUGAGCAGAGAUCCACGACACGUCAGGGACACAAGAGUCAGAAUGCUCUGGAAGGAGGUGGAGAAGCGGGCGUGGAGAGCGACGGGUGAAGCUGCCCUGCAAGGGGGCUCAUGGGAUGUGGAAGAAUAAAUGAAGAG